CGUUGAAAUAAUGGCGGUUGUUCUUUAUCACUUCGCUUCUAGCUAUGCCUCCUUCAUGAUUAUUUGCAUUGCUCUUCCCCACAUAAUGAAGGACAAAUAUCCAAUUCGGUUCACUGCUCCUGCUUCAAAAUUUACGAUCUUUUGGAUGUCAAUGGCCUGUUCAGGUUCUACUGUGAAAGUUCUGCAAUACCAUGAAAAUAGUGAUUUGGGAUUUUAAGAGCUGACGAAGAAAAAAAUGAAACAGAGAAAAAAGGGUGGAAGAAUCGUUUGGUUUGGGUUUCUAUUAUUAGUAAUGAAUAGGUGUUUGCUGUUGAAGGGCGAGCCGAGAGUACCCAAUUUUGUGGUUAUCUCAGUCCUCAUUUCUUCUAUUCAUCUCUACUUCCUUUUCCUUUCCCUCCCACCCACUCUCUGUAAUUGCCCGGGGCCGCCAUUGCCUCGGCUUCUCUCUUUCUAUGCGUGAAUAAAACUAGAAAGGAGAGGAAUGGAUGUCAGAAGAUGGAUAUGUGGGCUUUCCAUUUUGAUUUUGUUUGAGGUCUCCAGUGUCUCUGCUUCUGGGGUAUUCAAGGUGUAUCACAGAUUUUCGGGCCAGGAGCGGUCUCUGAGAGAUGUCAAAGCUCAUGAUGGGCGUCGUCACCGUCGGUUCCUUUUCUCCAACAUUGAUAUCCCCUUGUCUGGAAACAGCAAUCCUGCAGAUGUUGGGACUUACUAUACUAAACUUGCCAUUGGGUCUCCUCCUAAGGAUUAUUAUGUACUAGUCGAUACAGGAAGCGACAUUCUUUGGGUCAAUUGCGUAGAAUGCACCAAGUGUCCAACAAAAAGCAGUCUCGGUCUAGAACUCAAAACAUAUGAUCCAAAGGCCUCUGCUACUGGAGAAUUGGUUACCUGUAAUCAAGAAUUUUGCUACCUAGCUUCGGAGAACCCUGUUCCUAGAUGCAACGAUAAUUUGUCCUGUGUAUAUGGUGUGGAGUAUCAAGAUGGGAGUUCAACCACUGGAUACUAUGUCAGAGAUGUUAUACAAUACGGUCAAGUGUCCGGAAACCAGAAAACUAUCCCCUCUAACGGGACUGUUGUCUUUGGGUGUGGUGCUGUACAAUCUGGUGAUAUAGGUUCAUCUGAUGCGACUCUUGAUGGAAUACUUGGUUUUGGACAAACAAAUACAUCCAUGAUAUCGCAGCUGGCUUCUGCAGGUAAAGUGAGAAGGAUGUUUGCUCACUGCUUGAGUGGUACAAAAGGAGGUGGAAUGUUUGCCAUUGGACAUGUCAUGGAGCCAAAAGUAAAAACAACUCCACUGGUACCAGAUCAACCACAUUACAAUGUCAAUAUGGAAGGAGUUGAGGUGGGUGGUGUUGUUCUCCAACUACCUAAAGAUGUAUUUGAGACUGGGCCACGAAAAGGGACAGUAAUUGAUAGUGGUACAACCUUAUCGUAUCUUCCUGAGAUCAUCUAUGAGCAAUUAAUUAAAGAGAUUUUGUCUCACCACUCCAAUUUGACAAUAAAAAUUGUCCAGAAUGACUUUUCAUGCUUUACGUAUUGUCAAAGCGUGGAUGAUGGAUUUCCUACUGUUACUUUUCAUUUUGAAAAUUCACUUUUGCUGGUGGUGUAUCCUCAUGACUAUUUGUUCCAGAUCUCGGAAACUGAAUGGUGUAUUGGUUGGCAAAAUAGUGGGAAGCAGUCCUAUGAUUCCUGGGACAUGACUAUUUUUGGUGAUUUAGUAUUAUCAAAUAAGCUUGUUUUAUAUGACCUUGAGAAUCAAGUCAUUGGGUGGACUGAAUACAAUUGUUCUUCAAGCAUUAAUCUGAAGGACGAGAAGUCUGGAGCUUCAUAUGAACUAAGUGCUAAAAUUCCAUCUUCUGCUAGCGGCCUGGAUGUUGGAAAGUGUAUCAUAUUUUUAUUUCUAUCAUCCAUGCUGCAUACUUUAAUUUACUGAGAUCAUUGCAACUCAAGGGAUGUAUGGAUUCAAUUGAUAUUGUUUCAUUAUAUUUUUUUUAAUGAAGAUAUCAUGCGUGCUACAUUUGUACAU